GUCCGCCGAUCAGUUGUGUCUUGUGCGUUGCGCGGUGAAGUUGCGCCUUCGUUCUGAAAAUCCAGCAAAAGAUACUCGGACUGUGCGGUGCAUCUUCCUCCAGAUCCAUCACAUUGAGAUCCAUUUCCAGACGCAGCUUCUGCCUUUCUGCCUUUUGACCUAACAAAUCUCGAGUCCGAAAAUGAGAGAAAUCGUCCAUUUGCAGGCCGGCCAGUGCGGCAACCAAAUUGGCGCUAAGUUCUGGGAGAUUAUUUCGGAGGAGCAUGGCAUUGACAGCAAUGGCAUCUAUGUGGGCGACAGUGAUCUGCAGCUGGAGCGCGUUAGUGUCUACUACAACGAGGCAUCUGCCGUUACGCGCUCGUCGGGCGGCAAAUACGUGCCCAGGGCCAUUCUGCUCGAUCUGGAGCCGGGCACCAUGGAGUCGGUGCGAUCGGGCCCCUACGGACAGCUCUUCCGGCCGGACAACUUCGUGUUUGGCCAGUCGGGGGCGGGCAACAACUGGGCCAAGGGUCACUACACCGAGGGCGCCGAACUGGUGGAUAAUGUGCUGGAUGUGGUGCGCAAGGAGUGCGAGAACUGCGACUGCCUGCAGGGCUUCCAACUGACGCACUCGCUGGGUGGAGGAACUGGCUCCGGAAUGGGCACUCUGCUGAUCUCGAAGAUUCGCGAGGAGUACCCGGACCGCAUAAUGAACACCUACUCGGUGGUGCCGUCGCCCAAGGUAUCCGACACCGUGGUGGAGCCCUACAAUGCCACGCUGUCGAUCCACCAGCUGGUGGAGAACACGGACGAGACGUACUGCAUCGACAACGAGGCGCUGUACGACAUCUGUUUCAGGACCCUGAAGGUGUCGAAUCCCAGCUACGGGGAUCUGAACCACCUGGUCUCGCUGACCAUGUCGGGCGUGACCACCUGCCUGCGAUUCCCCGGCCAGUUGAAUGCCGAUCUGCGCAAGCUGGCGGUCAACAUGGUUCCAUUCCCACGCCUGCACUUCUUCAUGCCCGGCUUUGCGCCCCUCACCUCGCGGGGAUCGCAGCAGUACCGUGCCCUGACCGUUCCAGAGCUGACCCAGCAGAUGUUCGACGCGAAGAACAUGAUGGCCGCCUGUGAUCCGCGCCAUGGUCGCUACCUCACGGUGGCCGCCGUCUUCCGCGGACGCAUGUCCAUGAAGGAGGUGGACGAGCAGAUGCUGGCGGUGCAGAACAAGAAUAGCUCGUACUUCGUCGAGUGGAUCCCGAACAACGUGAAGACGGCCGUGUGCGAUAUCCCGCCGAAGGGCCUGAAGAUGUCCUCCACGUUCAUCGGCAACACCACGGCCAUCCAGGAGCUGUUCAAGCGCAUCUCCGAGCAGUUCUCGGCCAUGUUCCGGCGCAAGGCCUUCUUGCACUGGUACACCGGCGAGGGCAUGGACGAGAUGGAGUUCACGGAGGCGGAGAGCAACAUGAACGACCUGGUGUCCGAGUACCAGCAGUACCAGGAGGCCACCGCCGACGACGAGUUCGAUCCGGAUGUCAAUCAGGAGGAGGUCGAGGGCGAUUGUAUUUAAUGGUGUGGCCAGAGGAAUGGGGGGCGUGCGUGAGGGCGGGGAUGUCCGGUUGCUGCGCGGCAUGCGGCACCAGCUGGCGGCCAAGCACUGCGGCAUCCUUUGACCCCAUCGGACAUACACACACACACACCACUACAAUCGCACACAGACAGGACACUCGAACACACAGACAGACAGACAGACAGACACACAGACACACGGACAGACAGACAGGAAGGUCCAGCGUAGUUAGAACAUCAAACGGAAAUGUUCCAAAAGCUCAUGCUUCCUCUUCUAUUCCCCAUUACUCAUUCAUCAUCUCACAUCUCACAUCUCACAUCUAGCAUCACGCAUCUUCAUCUUCAUCUUCAUCUUUUUGUCUAUUUUUCGGCACUUUUGUCACCGUCCUCUACGCUAUACGCCAUACACUUUACACGGAGGCACGUCUAUCGCAUUUCUCGCAGCCAUUUUCACCCCACUGUACCCAUCUUUCACCAGCACUUUUCAUAGCCCCUACUUUUAACUGACUACAUUUUUAUACAAUUAUUUAUAUUGCAACAACGUUAGCAAGAUAGAGAACCACAAGUAUCUAGUAUUUCGAAGGAAAACGAAUUUAUACGGAACUCUCGAGAUGUGUCCAAUGUCCAACACGACAUUAAGACAAUUUGGCAAUACAUACAUUUAGAGCUAUUUACGAUACGAGCUUAUCCAAAGAUAAUCGAUUGACCACUCUCAUGAGAUCCUCCAAUAAAGGCAAUUUCUAAAAUGCAUCCGCAAUUGUAUUUACAUAAUCUUAGGGCACAAUAUAUUCACUUUGUAUUCGUGUGCAGUACUUUCUCUUGUAGUUUUAUAUGAAUAAACAAAACAUUUCUACCCAAAUAAAUGACUAAUAAUGGCAAACAUUUUUGACACAUAAUAAAUGGAAUUUAUUUAAAAUUA